AUGACGCAAGGCUACUCGUUCAAAUAUUUCACGGUGCAGUUUCCAGCAGACUAUCCCUAUGUCGCACAUGUCGAAAUCAAGCGAGCAGACAAACUAAAUGCCUUCCACGAAGCCAUGUGGCUCGAAAUGCGCCAACUAUUCACCCGCCUCUCCGACGACCCCAACAUCCGCGCAGUAGUCCUCAGUGGAGCAGGUAAAAAAGCCUUCACAGCCGGUCUCGACGUAAAAGCCGCAUCAGAAGGCGGCACCCUCUCCCAAGAAGGCGGAGACCCAGCCCGCAGAGCCGUGUACUUCCGCCGCCACGUCGCGGAAUUUCAAGACUGCAUCACCUCGAUCGAGAAGUGCGAGAAACCCGUCAUCGUCGCCAUGCACGGAUACAGUUUCGGGCUGGCGAUCGAUAUCUGCACAGCGGCUGAUGUGCGUAUCUGCUCACGCGAUGUAAAGUUCGCAGUGAAGGAAGUUGAUAUCGGUAUCGCGGCCGAUAUUGGUACGCUUACGCGGCUUCCGAAGGUUGUUGGGAGUUUUGGGUGGGUGAAGGAGGUCGCGCUUUCUGCGCGAGUCUUUGGUGCAGAGGAGGCGCUGCGUGUUGGGCUUGUUAAUGCUGUUUAUGGCGAUAAGAAGGAGGCUGUUGUUGCGGGGUUGAAGAUGGCUGGGCUUAUGGCUACUAAGAGUCCGAUUGCGGUGCAGGGGACUAAGGAGAUUUUGAAUUAUUCGAGAGAUCACCCUGUUCAGGAUGGGUUGCGGUAUACUGGAGUUUGGAAUAGUGCGUCUAUUCAAACGGAGGAUGUUUCUAAGGCACUUUUGUCUGGGAUUCAGAAGAGAACUCCGACGUUUGAGAAGCUAUGA